CUGUUAAUGCAACAUUCCCACACGCUCUCUAAUAGUUGAGGUCUCACUUCCUCCAGCCGUCACCACCACACCUCUCUCACAAACUAACCAACACAAGCACUAGGAUACAAGGGCAACUGUGGAAUGCGGAGCCUCUUUUUACUGUAAAUCGCUUCACAGAUCUGAUUCUCUUGACCGCCGGAUAAUCCUUCUCGACUUUCCGAUAUACUUCGUCGGGUUUUUGUGGCGAGAGACGGACUUUCAAAGUUUUCUUCCCCCGUUUUUGUUUUUCCAUGGCUUCAGAGGAUGUGAAGACUAGCGAAUCGGCGGUGUCCACGAUCGUGAAUCUGGCCGAGGAAGCAAAGCUCGCGAGAGAGGGUGUUAAGGCCCCUAGCUAUGCUAUUCUUAGCAUCUGCAAGUCUCUCGCGGCUGGCGGCGUCGCCGGUGGAGUGUCACGAACUGCUGUUGCUCCUUUGGAACGUUUAAAAAUCUUACUUCAGGUUCAAAAUCCACAUAGUAUUAAAUACAAUGGAACAAUUCAAGGCUUGAAGUACAUUUGGAGAACAGAAGGUUUUCGCGGAUUAUUCAAAGGCAAUGGUACUAAUUGUGCACGCAUUGUUCCAAACUCGGCGGUCAAGUUCUUCAGCUACGAGCAAGCUUCAAAGGGAAUCCUAUAUCUGUAUCAACGGCAAACUGGCAAUGAAGAUGCUCAACUCACUCCUCUUUUACGCCUUGGAGCUGGAGCAUGUGCUGGAAUAAUUGCCAUGUCUGCAACUUACCCUAUGGACAUGGUACGAGGCAGGAUCACCGUACAGACAGAGAGUUCUCCUUAUCAGUAUAGAGGAAUGUUCCAUGCUCUAUCCACUGUGUUGCGGGAAGAAGGUCCACGAGCAUUGUAUAAGGGUUGGCUUCCUUCAGUCAUUGGAGUUAUACCAUACGUGGGUCUGAACUUUUCUGUGUAUGAAUCUCUAAAAGAUUGGUUAAUCAAAAGUAGACCAUUUGGAUUGGUUGAAGACUCUGAGUUGAGUGUGACGACCAGGCUUGCUUGUGGUGCUGCUGCUGGAACUGUAGGCCAAACUGUUGCUUACCCUCUUGAUGUGAUUCGCAGAAGAAUGCAAAUGGUAGGAUGGAAAGAUGCGGCGUCAGUUGUAUCUGGUGAUGGGAGGAACAAGGCCUCUCUUGAAUAUACUGGCAUGAUUGAUGCUUUCAGGAAAACUGUUAGGCAUGAAGGCUUUGGAGCAUUGUACAAGGGUCUGGUCCCUAAUUCCGUGAAGGUUGUACCAUCAAUAGCUAUUGCAUUUGUGUCAUACGAGGUGGUGAAGGACAUUUUAGGAGUUGAGAUUAGAAUAUCAGACUGAAACGGUGCCAAUUCAACUUAAUGUUUAUGAGGUGUGUGGUAUUUUUGUAGGCAAGGGGAUAGAGAGAAAGGUAAAGUAGGGAUGAUCUUCUUAACCUUUUUGUCUGGGAAACGGGCUUAGAAACUCACACAAGCCUGUCCAUAGUUCCUUCCCAUGUUAUCCUAGGGAACGCUGUAGCUUUAAACUCAUUCAUGUUCUGUGUCAAUAAAGAUGAAGGAACGGUCCAAAUAACAUGAUUUAUGUACUUCUGCAUAAAAGUUGAGAAGCAAUUUCUAAGCCUUUUCUGCGA